UCAUAUUCCCCCACUCACGUUACCUUAAAACAUAUCCUACUCUCAAGACUGAUUAUUUUCCUUCCAUUAUACAACCUCCUAAAAUGGAAGGCACCCUUUUUAUUUUCCUAUUCCUAUUUAUAGGAAUUUUUUUUAUAUCUGAUGUGGAGACUCGAGCCCCAUUUGCGUGCAACCCUAAGCACGUCGGGACUCGAGCCUUUCCGUUUUGUCAAACCAAAUUACCUGUGGCUGAUCGUGUCCGUGACCUUAUCGAACGGUUGACAUUAAAAGAGAAGGUGAAGCUAUUAGUGGACAAUGCGGCCGCUGUUCCGAGGCUCGGAAUACGAGACUACGAGUGGUGGUCGGAGGCGUUACAUGGGGUGUCAAAUGUGGGACCAGGGACUAAAUUUGGAGGUAAAUUUCCAGGGGCUACCAGUUUUCCUCAAGUCAUUACAACUGCUGCCUCCUUUAAUGCUUCCUUGUGGGAGGAAAUUGGACGGGUGGUGUCAGACGAGGCAAGGGCAAUGUACAAUGGAGGGAUGGGAGGACUGACAUAUUGGAGCCCAAACGUGAACAUAAUAAGGGACCCAAGGUGGGGACGUGGACAGGAAACUCCCGGUGAAGAUCCCAUGUUAGCCGGUAAAUAUGCUGCCAGUUACGUAAGAGGUUUACAGGGUACUGACGGUGACCGGUUAAAAGUUGCUGCUUGCUGUAAGCACUAUACUGCGUAUGACCUUGAUAACUGGAGUGGUGUUGAUCGUUUCCAUUUUAAUGCUCAGGUUAGCAAACAAGAUAUAGUGGACACCUUUGAUGUGCCAUUCAGAGAAUGUGUUAUGGAAGGCAAAGUUGCGAGUGUGAUGUGCUCCUACAAUCAAGUUAACGGCAUCCCCACUUGUGCUGACCCUAAACUCCUUCGCAACACCCUACGUGGCGAUUGGCGUCUUAAUGGAUACAUAGUUUCAGAUUGUGAUUCGGUUGGAGUUUUCUAUAGUAACCAACAUUAUACAUCUACUCCUGAGGAAGCUGCUGCUGAUGCUCUUAAAGCAGGUUUGGAUUUGGACUGUGGGCCGUUUUUAGGGAUCCACACAGAAGAUGCCAUAAAGAAGGGCCUAGUAACAGAGUCAGAUGUGAACAAUGCCUUAACUAAUACACUCACUGUCCAAAUGAGGCUUGGAAUGUUUGAUGGCCCACCUUCAGCUCAACCAUAUGGCCACCUUGGCCCAGAAGAUGUCUGCUCUCCGGCCCACCAAGAACUGGCCCUUGAAGCCGCCCGACAAGGCAUUGUCAUGCUCAAAAAUCAUGGCCCAACUCUUCCUCUGUCUCACAUUCGACACCGUACUGUUGCUGUCAUUGGGCCCAAUUCCGAUGUCACUGUGACUAUGAUCGGCAACUAUGCUGGUGUCGCGUGUGGCUACACAACUCCCCUUCAAGGAAUUGGGAAAUAUGCCAAAACUAUUCAUCAACUAGGAUGUGCAGAUGUGGCUUGCAAUGACGACCGCCUAUUCGGGCCUGCAAUCAGUGGAGCAACCCAAGCAGAUGCUACGGUUCUUAUAAUGGGUCUUGACCAGUCCAUUGAGGCGGAGUUCAGGGAUCGAGCAGGGCUGCUUUUACCGGGUAGACAACAAGAGCUCGUGUCGAAGGUGGCUAAGGCAUCAAAGGGGCCUAUAGUUUUGGUCUUAAUGAGUGGUGGACCUAUAGACGUAUCCUUCGCUAAGAAGGAUCCACGAAUUUCUGCGAUUAUUUGGGCUGGAUACCCGGGUCAGGCUGGUGGUCAAGCCAUAGCAGAUGUCCUCUUUGGCACAACUAACCCAGGUGGGAAAUUACCAAUGACAUGGUACCCUCAAGAAUACCUCAACAACCUGCCUAUGACCAACAUGGCAAUGCGCUCAGGACCGGGUUAUCCAGGUCGAACCUACAGAUUUUAUCAAGGACCGGUAGUUUAUCCCUUCGGAUAUGGUCUAAGCUACACUCAUUUCACUCACACAAUAGCAGAAGCUCCAUUGGAGGUCGUAGUCCCAUUAGAUGGCCAUCGAAAGUCCAAUGCUAGCGCCUCCGGGAAGGCCAUCCGUGUGACUCAUGCAAGGUGCAACCAACUCUCAUUGGCUGUACACGUGGACGUCAAGAACCAAGGAUCCAAGGACGGAGCCCACACCCUCCUCGUGUUCUCUAGGCCGCCAGCAGGGAAGUGGGCCCCACACAAGCAGCUUGUUGCAUUCGAGAAGGUCCACGUGCCCGCUGGGUCCCAACAGAGGGUUUAUGUCCACAUCCAUGUAUGCAAAUACUUGAGUGUUGUAGAUAAAUCAGGAAUCAGGAGAAUUCCUAUGGGUGAUCACAGCAUUCAUAUUGGUGAUGCCAGACAUUCCAUCUCACUCAAACCACAAACUUUGGGAGUCAUCAAUUCCUAAUUCUUUACAUCAUUAUUCUAAUCUAUCAUUUAAGUGCGAAGAUUAAUGCCCAGGUCAUCAAUUAUGACUACAUAGGUAAAUCUAUUCUUAGCUUCAUGCAGCAAAAAGAAUUGCUGCUCUAGUAAUUUAAACCUUUAUAAAUGCAGUUAGAAUCAGAAUGUUGUAUGCAUAGAUUUGGUUAUUAUUGACCUCUUUGUAAUGAAAAUUCACUAAAUUUGAAUUUAAAGGGAAAAAGCACCCAAUACGAAAGUUCCAAAUGUUUGGUCCCUA